AUGUGUUCGAUCGAUGGAUCAUAUAAGCAUAUCCGAAAAACGAAACCUUCAAUCGCUAUUCCCUAUAUUCAUCCCAAUCGUGAGCACUUAGAUGAAAGGGCAAUUUAUGGCUUCAUUAUAUAUCUUGUAUGUUUUCCUGCAUUUGUAUUGUAUGUAAUUUGGGCAUAUAUUCCACAUGAAUGGUUGAAUUUAAUUGGAAUAACAUACCUACCCAACAAACACUGGUCAGUUACUGCACCAAUCUCACUACUGAUUAUAUGUAUAUCUGGUCUUUUUGCUUAUAUUUGGAAUAAUCGUUCACUCAUGCAACCGCUUACAUCGAUUUAUCAAAUUAGAGAUUCACUUUCAAUGCAUGCUCAAAAUCCAACUGAUAGUUAUGUCACAGAUCAACAGUCUAAUUCAAACGUAUCAAAACCAGUGGAAUUAUUGAGACCAUUAUCGAUAAUCCCCCCUGUGUAUGAUUUGGAUCAUAUUUGGGUGACAAGCGAGUUGUAUUUAAAGACAAAUAAAGUUACCACCUCAAGCAUUAUUGACCAUGAUAAUAUGAAGCGUUAA